AUGUCCCAAUUCCCAUCCGACAACAAGCAAGCCCCUGAUCAUCUACCUAUUACUUCGACGGCUGAUUUGCAUUCCUAUGAUGGAUUACAGCCUACAACAGCGCCUUCUACUUUUUUCACGGUGAAUAGCCAUGGCAACUAUAUGGUCAACAAAGCCGGUAUUCCAGCAUUUAUGAUCCCAGCUCCGCGUAUUCGUACACCGGGAAGUAUGCAAGAAACGCUCGAUUCACUCCGUGAUGAUUGGAUUUCGGUGGACAUUGUAUUCCGAUCCCUGCAAAGUGCCUUCAUUGUCAAACCAAGCACGUGCGCUGACUUGACUGAGGACGAGUACCUGGAUGAUGUCGAUCGAGAGUUAUCCAUAGCUUACGAUGACCUAAUGGCUCAAGUACGAAGGCUUUAUCGUCAACUUAACAGACUUUCAAGAGAAAUGUCUCAAUACAAGGCGGCAUCGUCUAGGGAUACAUUAUGCAACAACGGCGGUCUUCAACAAUGA